AUGAUAAGGUGUAUUGAGAGGGAGAGGCUUGCUCUUCUGGAUUUCAAACAUGGCCUUGUGAAUGACUAUGGAGUUCUGUUUUCUUGGGGAAGUGAUGAUGAAUGUUGCAAUUGGUGGGGUGUUAACUGCAACAACAACACCGAUCAUGUAACCAUGCUUGAUCUCAAUACUUUCAAAAUUGAUUCAUAUCUGAGUGGGCACAAGGUUAGUCCAUCUCUACUUGAACUGAAGCAUUUGAAUUAUCUGGACCUCAGUUACAAUUAUUUUCAAGGGAGUCCUAUCCCCGAAUUCAUUGGUUCCUUUAAGAGAUUACGUAUCUUGAGUCUUAUGGAUGCUGGGUUUAGUGUGUCACCCUCACUCCUUUCCUUGAGGAAUUACAGUUGCCACUGCGAAGUCCCUGAGUCUUUGCCUUUCUCACUUAAUUCUUCUUCUCCAUUUCUUUCUGUUGUUGAUUUUUCUUACAACUAUAUCAAUACUUCUUCGGUAUUCCACUUGUUGCGCAAUGCAAGCAAAAAACUCACUACCAUCAACCUGUCAGGAAAUUACUUUGCAGAUACCAUUCCUGAUCAUGCAUUUGGAGACAUGGAAUUUCUUGAGAGCCUUUAUCUGGAUUCUAUUUUCACGGAUCAAAUUCCAAAAUCUUUUUGGAAUUUAACUCAUCUACGAAUUUUAUCUAUGUGUGAUAAUCAAUUAAAUGAGUCAAUUGCUGAACUUUUCCAAGGGUUGCUCAAGGAUUCAGGGAAGUCUCUACAAAUCUUAGACUUAUCUGGGAGUGAAUUCACUGGUGAACUCCCUGCAGAUAUCAACACCAGAUUUACAUCUUUGAGAGAAUUGCGCGCACAUGAUAACCAGCUAAAUGGAUCAAAUUUCAGACUACCUUCAAGUCUUGAAUAUUUAGAUUUGUCCCACAACCAAAUUACAGGACAAAAUCCUGAUCUAUCACAUGCUUUGUCCUUAAGAGAGUUACAUCUCUCUGGAAAUCAAAUUACAGGACAAAUUCCUGAUCUAUCAGAUGCUUUAUCCUUAAGUGUGCUAGAUCUUUCUGAUAAUCAAAUUACAAGACGAAUUCCUAAUCUAUCACAUGCUUUGUCCUUAAGAGAGUUAAAUCUCUAUAGAAAUCAAAUUACGGGACAAAUUCCUGAUCUAUCACAUGCUUUGUCCUUAAGAGAGUUACGUCUCUCUCAAAAUCAAAUUACAGGACAAAUUCCUGCUCUAUCACAUGCUUUGUCCUUAGAAGUGCUAGAUCUUUCUGAAAAUCAAAUCACAGGACAAAUUCCUGAUCUAUCACAUGCUUUGUCCUUAAGAGUGUUAGAUCUCUCUGAAAAUCAAAUUACAGGACAAAUUCCGGAUCUAUCACAUGCUUUGUCCUUAACAGUGUUAGAUCUCUCUGAAAAUCAAAUUAUAGGACAAAUUCCUGAUCUAUCACAUGCUUUGUCCUUAAAAAUGCUAGAUCUUUCUGAAAAUCAAUUACAAGGGGGCUUACCAGAAACUAUAUGGAAGCUAUCAAUGCUUAAUGAGUUGUAUGCCUCAUCAAACUCAUUGGAAGGAGUUGUAACUGAAGCCCACUUUUCAAACCUUACCUAUCUUCAAGUGUUGGACUUGUCCUUUAAUGUAGCCCUCUCUUUCAACGUGAGUAGUCAUUGGGUUCCUCCUUUUCAGCUUAACAGCUUAUUAUUAGCAAACUGUAAAUUGGGGCCUCAAUUUCCAAAAUGGCUGCAAACUCAAAAUAAAAUGAUUGCACUUGAUAUUUCUUCUAGUCAUAUUUCUGAUAUAAUACCCUAUUGGUUUUGGAACUUCUCAAAUUACGAGUACUUGAAUUUGUCAUACAACAAGAUUGGUGGGAGAUUGCCUUAUUUACAAAAUAAGUCUUCUCUUGUUGUCAUAGAUUUAAGUUUUAAUAACUUUUGGGGUCCGAUACCAAUAUCCAUAAAUUCCAAUCCAUUUUCUAUGCUUCAUCUCUCAAAUAAUAAAUUUGUUGGAUUGAUUUCUUUCUUGUGUUCAAUUAUUGAUGCUUAUACUUAUUCUAUUGACCUUUCAUAUAAUCAACUCUCAGGUGAGAUUCCUAAUUGUUGGAAUAACAGCCUUUCUAAUUUAUUCAUUCUUAACCUUGCAAAUAAUAAUUUCUCUGGGAAGGUUCCAUACUCUUUAGGUUCCAUACCUAGUCUUCAAUCAUUGCACUUGCGAAAUAACAAAUUUAUUGGAGAAUUACCUUCCUCAUUGCAAAAUUGCACAUCAUUAAGGGUUAUGGAUUUUGGUGGAAAUGAGUUUGUAGGUAAAAUACCAUCAUGGAUUGGAAGAUCUUUGACAAAUUUGCUUAUUGUUAGCCCCCGGCAUAACAAGUUUUAUGGGACAGUGCCUUCAAGUAUUUGUCAUCUUAAUAGCAUCCAGAUCUUGGAUCUUUCUGAAAACAUAUUGACCGGGGAAAUUCCACAUUGCUUCUACAACUUUACUUAUUUCAUGAAAAACAGUAGUUCAAUUGGAAGUACUAUACUAUCUUUUACUAAUAUCACUGGUCGAGGACAAGAUUUCUAUAUAGACAAUAUUUGGAUUCAGUGGAAAAACCAAGACAGAGAAUAUACGAAGCAAUUGGGACUCUUAAAAAGUAUUGAUCUUUCGAGCAAUCAAUUGAUUGGACAUAUUCCCGAGGAACUUUCUUCUCUCAAGGGAUUAAUUUCCUUGAACCUUUCAAAAAAUCAUUUGAUUGGAAAAAUAUUUCCGACAAUCUAUCAACUAGAAAUGUUGGAAGUCCUUGAUCUUUCUAGGAAUCAACUCUCUGGUGAAAUUCCAAUAGGUCUUGCUCGUCUGAAUUACCUUGCUGUUCUUGACUUGUCGAGCAACUUUCUAUCGGGCAAAAUCCCCACGGGCACUCAGCUGCAAAGUUUCGAUGCUUCUUCCUAUGCUGGAAAUAUUGGAUUGUGCGGGGACCCACUUCCCAAAUGUUCUUCAGAUGUUCCUCCACAAAACAAAGACAAUGACUUUCAAGAAGAUGAUAGUUUUCUAAAUCGAGAGUUUUACAUAUCCAUGGUGCUAGGGUUCUCUUUCUGCUUUUGGGGAAUUGUAAUCACUUUGGUGCUCAAAGACUCAUGGAGAAUUGCAUACUAUGAAUUCUUGAAUGAUGUCAAAGAUUGGCUUUAUGUGAAAAUGAAGAUCUAUUUGGUCAAGAUGCAAAGAAAGCUUAGACGCCGCAUAUGAUGAUUUGAUGAAG